GCGCGCCAACUUUGCAAGCAGCGUCUGCCGUUCGGAUAUGAUAGUUCAAUUUCUUUGGCACUUAGGCCCAUUUUCUUAAGCUUGACGUCAACUCUGCGUCCGUGUGUGGAAUUCGCGGGAAAACUUGUGCAAAGUCGAGGCAUGGCGGAAGGGCGAAGGUCGUCAAGGGCCCACAAGUCUGUCAACUACGCCAAGCUGGACUAUGGGAGUGAUGAAGAUGACGACUUCAAGCCAGCCGAGGCACCGCCAUCAAAACGUGCCAAGCCUGCUGUCAAGGAAGUGCCCAAAAAGGCAGAAAAGGCAGAGAAGAAAACCAAGCCUGACAGCGUAGGGAUAACAAGUUCCAGUGCUGUCACUGAGAAGCAGAAGGCAGGGAGGGCAUCCCUGGAUGACAAGCUGUUCCAGCGAGACCUUGAAGCGGCACUGCGUCUCUCACAGAAUGCACCGGCCUCGGAAGGACAGUGCUUGGAGACUGAUCCUGAACACAAGCCUGCGGACAGUAUAAUCGAGCAAAAUAGCAUAGCCACGUUUCCAGAGAACCUCGAGCUAGCUGGUGAGGUGGUUGUGCAUUCCGAGCCAGGCCCUGAAGCCAGCGAGCCUUCAGCGUCGGCAGAUGGCAAGGAGGAGGAAGACUACCAGCCGGAGCAAGAAGGGAGCUCCGAGGAUGAGGAGGAGGACGCCUCGGAUGAAGACUAUGGAGACAGUGGCAGUGAUGACGACGGGGAGUUUGCACCCUCAAAGGGAAAGGCUUCACGUUCCCGCAAGGAACCUGUGGCAAAAAAGCCUCCAGCUGCUCCCAAGAAGCCGGCAGGCACUGCAAGAGCAGCGGCCAAAACAUCUCCUGCACCAUCGGCCGCACCACACACCGUCACGAAAGGCCCCGCAACAAUGCGUGGCAAGAUGCAGGCAUCAAGUGCAUCAGCCAGCUCAUCGUCAGCAUCGCCACCGGUGCCAAGGUCGGCACCUCGCCUUGCUGCAGCUGCAAAGUCUUCGCCAAGUGCGGCUCCACGGCUCUUACCACAGCGAACGCCUCCUGGAGGCAAUGUGCCCAUGACUGUGCCCAAGUUUUCGAGCGGCCAGUUGCCAGCAUCAGGGAUUCGGCUUGGAUUGUCACGCCGCUCAGUGAGCAAGCCACUUCACAGUGUUGUCAAAGUGCAGCAGUGAGCUCGUCAAGCAUAACUUGGAACAGCCGUGCAUUGGCAGGAUGGAUUUAGUGAAUUCUGCACUGUGCUUGUGAUCACUUCAGAAAUCCCUAAAGACUAGUGAAUUGGGAGUGUGUCUUCAGGUGUGAUGAGGGAAGGAAGACAUUUUCGAAUACUUUAUGGCACGUUUUAGGCAACCCUGUUUUAGACGUUUAACUCCAUGUUCACAAAUGGGCUUCUAAUUGAAGCCCUUCAUCGACUUGAACAAGUGGAGCACAGCAUCGCUCCUCUUCUGAAGAAUGCAUUGCAUUUUGAUAACGUUCCUUGGUGAUUCCUAAGAUGAGGAUUUACUUGAGAAGCGUAAAUUCACUCCAGUGCAUUUGCAUUUGCUCGGUUACAAAACAUAUUUGCAUAAGAACCGUCAUGGAGUGUCAUUGAAGUGCAGAGACCAUUUCUGUCAUGGGGGAGCAGUGCUGCCAUUCAAUUUUUUUGAGACAAUGUGGGGUGUCAAGUAGAGGAAUGUCCCAGAAUGGUGGGGGUAAAUGUUUUUAUGUUGUACGUAUAUUGACUGGUGAGUCUUGACGGUGAAUUUCACUGGCCGAUCUGGAGUUGGGUUGUGUGUUCGCAGCAGAGCCACUCUCUCUUACUUCGUUCCCUGAGCACAGGUCCAGCGUUAUUCAAGUGUAUUCAAGUAGUGUUAUUCAAGGCUGCAAAAUGUCACUUUUCUCCUGCUCAAGGGACGAGUGUGUCUGGUAUUAACAAUCUUGCGUGAACAUCAGUGCACAGCACCACGCUCUUCUGCGUAACAGCUACGUUUUCUGCUGAUGCAAGGCUCGAUUGGCAUUUCGUACAUUAUGGACAGCAGAAGUAGGGACACCAAAAUUAACGUGACACUUUUGUAAGUGCAAAAACAUUGGUUCACCAGAAAGCACAUACCAUUUCUGGAACUAGGUGCAUGGGCCAAGUUCCUGUGGUAAUCUAGCACAGCAUGGAUUGUUUUCCACAGGCAGAUUUGAAUUUGCAAAGUAUGAGCAUGCUCUUUGAGGAUUUGUUGGGUGACUGUUCCAGACUGACCACGGGAAUUUACUGUCAGAUAUUUUCUCACUAUGCAAUGACAAGAGACAGUGGUGCCAGGAAAAGCAUAGGAUGUUUUGCAUGAAGGCAAAAUUUUUUUUGUUUGAAAUAUGAAACUUCUUGCUAAUUUAAACCUAAUUUACUGUUAUUAGACAUCAUAGUUACAAACUUAGUCUAUUUCCUCGAAUGCUUUGCUUGGCAUUGAUGUCUGUCAGCUUUAUGUCGUUGGUGCUUGUCUAAAUACCAAGCCAUUCAGUUCUCUUUGUGCUUAUUGCAUAUUAGACAUAUUAAGAAUGAAGGUUUUAUGCUAGAGUGCAAGUAAAGUUGUGGUUGUUUUCUUUAAAAGAUGAAACUCUUCAUUUGUGAUUCUUAUUAUUUGGUUUGAAAGCAUAUGUACAAUUGAAAGAGAGAGAAGGCAAGGAGCAGUCUGGUAACUGCCACCAGGAACAACGCCUCCAAACUUUCCAGGAAGGUGGGGACAGAAACAAAGAAAUGUAAUGGAGAAAGAAGGGAAGGAAAGGAAAAAAGAAUGAACAACCAAAGUAAAGCACACAGAAGGCAAGUGACACUGUUGCUUAAAGAGUAUGUUGGCAAAAUAUGAUACAAUUGGUGCAGGAAAAACAAAAAACUUGCGUUUACAAUUAGAAGAACAACACGCAAAUAGAACAGAGAAAUGUUGAAUUUAAAUCUGUGCAGUCUCAGCUUUCUGCCAAGAUCUCAGCACGUGCCAUGGGGGCGUAAUGACGUUAUGCUGCUAAGCACGAGGCUGCUGGAUCAAACCUUGGCCACCGCAGCCACAUUUUGGUGGGGGUGAGAUGCAAAAACGUAUAUGUAUCGUGCAUUGGGUGCGAGUUAAACCCCAGGUGGCUGAAAUUAAUGGUAGUCCCCCACUACGGUGUGCCUCAUAAUCAGAUUGCAGUUUUGGCAUGUAAUACUCCAGAACCUAAUUGUAUUUUUGCUAGGAUUGGCAUGCUUACCUGAAGCCGAGAGUGCCAGUUUGUGUGCAUCAUCAGAGCCUUGCCAAUCACUAAUUAGAGAAACAAUGAAGAGCCAUGCUAAAUGAAAAUAGGGUGGUAAGCUAUCCUUUCAAAGCUUUGUUAACACUCGUUGGAUGGAAAAAAUAUUGGUCACUUGGGGAUAAUAUCAAGGCCAACUUUCCCUUGAAUUUUCUGCUGAAACCUCAGCACUGGUACGUUAGUGUGACGUCAUAGAUUUCAAAGUAUUUUCUUGUACUUAUGCUGUUCUGGCACAGAAAAUAAUUCUUCAAACUCGCUGUGUUUAGCCUUUGGUUUCUUUUUUCUUAGAAUAAUGCAGUCCGUGUUUACCAAUAAACAGUUAACCAGACCACAGUAGACACUGUCAAAUUCCAUGAUAUCAUGGUGAGCUUGUGCAAGACUAUGCUCCAUGUUUCGUAUUGCACCUUUUCAGGCUCACCAAGCAUCUUUGCAUUAAGUGUGGCUGUUUUGCCAAUGCAGAGACCCGAUUUUAUAAUGUAGCUUAGCUUAAUAUUCUUACUUAAUACCCCUAUAUAAGAUUGCAGAUCAGACUGCUUUCAGAAGUUCUUUCUGGAGUCUUUGUGUGUUUAUGGGUGGCUGUAGUCUGCCUCGUACUUUGCAAGAAAUGCAGAAGGGGGUACACAAGUGGUGCACUCAUAUAAAAGGAUGCAGAACGAAUAUAUGAACCCAUAGAGUUUCACACAAUAAUUACUAGAGUGAACUCUAAUUCUGCGAUUGUUCAGCCCUCGUGGAAAUGAUGGUUGGUACAUGGAUUUGUCAGAUCUCUGUGCUUGAGGCUUCAGACGUUCUUGUGGCUUUGUUUAUUACACUUUACCUGCCUGGUUCAGCUGCCUAAAUUUCAAAGCAAUGUGUACUUUAUAAAUGCAGAAGGCAAUAAGAAUCUGCGAACAUGCAUGAUUGCUACUCACCCAAUUGCGGUGGUUCCGCCUGUCGAGGUGGCCGAAUGAAAACACGCGAAGCAUCUUAACGUGCUGGCUUGCCUGCAAGAAAUUCUUGAAGGUGUUCUAUGCCGCUUGUUGACGCGCAGAUCCGUGGCGUAAUGGUUUCGAUACCAGGCUUCUGUGCUAGAGGUCCGUUAUUCGAAUCCUGUUGUCAGAAGAUUUUAAUGUUUAUUUAGUUAUUUAUCAUGCACUACUUUGUUGAAAUUGACGAGUUUCCAAAGUCACGAUGCUGUUUGAAGCCAGGUGGACUAAGUUUGGGCAAUGCCAUGUCCUAGCCAUCUUUCCUGUGCUGGCUGAGCCAUCCUGCUUGCAGCUCCUAUAGACCGUAGUGCAACAGUUCUCUCUAGUAAUUAUUGUAUGAAACUUUAUGCAUGAUUGAACAGCUACUCAGAAGUGGAGGUGCGAAAUGAAGCCCUUAACCCCUUCAUAUUUCUAGGUGAUCUGUGUGAUGUGAAUUAUCAUUGACGUUUUUCAUAGCUUUCGUGCAAAUUAUUUUAACCUGCAUAUAAAAUUAAAGGAACUGUCUAAUCCUCUGAACAUGUCUUUGGAUUGUGGUGGGAAUCAGAAGAUGGUGUGUCAUAUGGACGGAAACGAGCAUGCUCAUAUCCCAUAAAGGAGGAAAUAUAUCUUUAAUUUGGCUCUGAAAGUGGUGCAAGAAUGACAUGUAGUGUCGCUGGACGGUGUAACAGUCCAACCAAUCUGUGUACCUUCACGUAACCGAAUAGCCGAGCAGGGAGAGUAAUUUCCAUCUAAUGCCUGGCAAGCCUUUUGCAAAUGAACAGUCAGGGUGAAGCAAGUGGUGCAUUGAUGCAUGGCCUCCGAGAGUGCCAUCACAUCCAGUAAUUAGUACUGUAGGUGUUCGUACAGUGUUUUAAGAAGAGGCUACGCAGAUUGAAAAACCACUGCGCAUUCAGAUACUUUGAAUGAUAUGAUUUCUAUUGCGCUAUGAAAUAGAAGGUUUUUAAAAAGAGCAGACAGUCCCUUUAAAUAAAUUAUCAGCCACUUUAGUGAGGGACUAUAUUCUUGACCUCAAUAGGCAAUGUCAUUUACUUUGUAUAGUGAGUACUCUAAGCAAUUUUUUACAGCCUAACAAAGUGUCCAAACAUGUCCGUGCAGUCUAGUUACACUAAAACAAAUACUGUAGGUACCGUUAGGCAAUGUACCAUGACAGAACGACGUAUUGUACUACCCCUGCUGCCACAGCACACCCCAUAUCUCUCACUCCUUGGCAUGGAGUUGGUGAGACGGGAGUACGGGAGUAUAGUGUGUUUGGUGGUCAACGAACAAAGUGUACUAAACGCAAGUCCGUCAUAUGCCAUAAAUGCAGUUCCAGCUGAGAUGUGGCAUAUAACAGGUGCUGCUUCAGCUGUAGACAUGGUGUUUUCUCUAAUGCACCAAACUACAUGCAUUUCAUCCAUGUGCUGGCACUUUGUUAUCACAGGAUGUAAUACGACGACAAAGCAAUUAAACAAAUAAUAAUACAAA